AUGGAGUGGACUUUGGAACGCGCGGAACUAUAUGAAAAAAAUAUCUACCAACGGUACGUUGAUAGAUGCGCAAUGUUUUACGUGAGUUCCACAGCGGCAGUGUUUCUUGGUGCGGGUAUAGGAGUAAUCGUGCCAUUGACUGCGGCCGAUCAGAUAUUCCCGACAGAAGCAAAGUAUCCUUUCAACGUGGAACACGAACCAAUAAAGACUAUUAUCUUUGUGCAUCAGUUCAUCGCUGUUUGGCAGUGCUUCUCCACUGUUUGUAUCGGUAGUUUUGUCAGUCUUUUCAUAUGGUUUGCCGCGGCGCGUUUCGAAAUCUUGUUGCAACAAUUUCGUAUGGUCACCGACAUUUAUGACAUCACUGUGUGUGUACGGCAACAUAUAAAGUUAUUGAGAUACGCUCAAGAGAUAAUAAUUGCCUUUCGGUCAGUGUUAUUAACAAUAAUGAUUAUUUGUACGUGGGCGAUUGUAGCUAGUGGUCUAACAAUUGUAAGCCAAUGUUCUUUAACGGACAAAAUACAAUUUAUGGCUCUAUGUAUAUCUGCACUUAUGGAAGUUUAUGCAUGUGCUUGGCCAGCCGAUCGUUUAAUAGAUACGAGCACCAAUGUUGCGCAAGCAGUUUAUGAAUCAUUGUGGUACAAUCAAGACAAGAUUUUUCAAAAAAAUUUAAAUUUUAUCUUAUUAAGGAGUCAAACACCAACAACCAUCUCUGUUUCUAUCCUUCCACCUUUAUCAUUACAAUAUUAUGCAUCGUAUUUGAUUUCGGAAAUGGAACAUAAUAUCAAGUGUGCGCAAUCAUACGAGAAAAAGCUCUACCAGCGGUACGUCGAUAGAUGCGCGAUAUUUUACGUAAGCCUUACAGCGGCAGUUUUUCUCGGUGCGAGUAUAACAGCAACACAACCAUUCAUAGCGGCCAAUCAGAUUUUCCCAACAGAUACAAAGUAUCCUUUCGACGUGGAGUAUGAACCAGUAAAAACUAUUAUCUUUUUGCAUCAGUUCAUCGUUAUUUGGCAGUGCUUCUCCAUCGUUUGUAUGGGUAGUUUUGUCGGUCUUCUCAUAUGGUUUGCCGCAGCGCGUUUUGAAAUCUUGUCAGAACAAUUUCGUAUGGUCACCGAUAUUUAUGGCAUCACUGUGUGUGUACGACAACAUGUGAAAUUAUUGAGGUAA